CCCGGUCUUAUACUAAACGAAAGAUUAAAAAGUAUAACGAGUCCCGAAGAACUGGCAGCUACGGUCAAACAAAUACCACUUCAAAGUCUGGGACAGCCUAUAGAUGUGGCCAAUGGGGUCGUGUAUUUGGCUUCAGAUGACGCCCGGUAUAUAACGGGCACUAAUCUGGCCAUUGGCGGCGGACUAAAUUAUAUUGUUUUGUAUGACACAAACACCAUUGAAAUAGUGGUCAUACCGGAGGACAUACAUCUAAUAUGGGAUAUCGCGUGUCAGAGACACUGCACUCCAAUGCUAGCGAUUCUGUUGUGCACUUCACGCUCAUUGUGUUGCCGUAUAAUAGACCCCAGAGCUAGGAUUUUAGGUAAAGUAGUUUUGGUGACCGGGAGUAGUUCUGGCAUCGGAGAGGUCACCACCAAAGAGUUCUCCAGAUUAGGAGCUAGUGUUGUGAUCACCGGUAGGAAAGCCACAGAUAUUAGUCGUGUGGCUCAAGAGGUUCAACAACUAUCGCCGUAUAAACUGAAGCCUUUAGAAAUUGUGGCCGAUUUGGCGAAACCCGAAGACGUGAACCGAUUGGUCAACGAAACCAUCAAAACGUUUGGAAAGUUAGAUGUAUUGGUCAAUAAUGCGGCCGUUUUUUAUGCCUCAGCCAUCGAUGAUAAAAACCUGAUCGAGAUGUUUGACCGGACUAUGGCGGUCAACCUGCGGGCCCCCUUACAGCUCAUACAACUGGCCCAUCCCUACCUAAACGCCACCAAUGGCUCCAUUAUUAAUAUUGGUGCUGUCAGAGUGCCGAGUAUUGUCGUACGAUCAAUACCAGCCGGUGUGAGUAAAGCAGGUCUAGACUACUCGGUCAAAGUAUUAGCCCUGGCGUUAGGGCCCCGGGUUAGGAUCAACGCUGUUGAUCCCGGUCUUAUACUGACGGAAAAAUUAAAAAGUAUAACGAGUCCCGAAGAAAUAGCAGCUAUGGCUAAACAAAUACCACUUCAAAGUAUGGGACAGCCUAUAGAUGUGGCCAAUGGGGUGGUGUAUUUGGCUUCAGAUGACGCCCGGUAUAUAACGGGCACUAAUCUGGUCAUUGGUGGCGGAAUAACUAAUUAA